AUGAGUGGAGACAAGUUGGAAACUGGGGUCGCGUCUGAUGCAGAAGGAUCGUUGGAUAAUUUAUCCUUGAGCUCUGUCCAGCCGAUACUCUCUAAUAAUGCUCAGGAUAAUGACAAGGGAGAGAGUGAGGAUACGAGGAAUCACUUAGAUGCGGCUAAUGGUGAGGAAGGAGAGGAAUCUGAUCCCAUACUAGAUCGAUAUUUCAGGGCAUGUCAAAAAGGUGACCUUAAGACUGUCAAAGAAAUGAUUGAAGGUGGAAUAAUCAACAUUAAUGAGGACUAUGAUCCAAUUGAGAAAGUAACCGGGCUUCAUUGGGCUAGUAUCAACAAUCGCCUUUCUGUUGUUUCCUAUUUAGUGGCCAAUGGAGCAGAUGUAAAUGCAAAGGCAGGAACCUUACAUGCCCCUCCUCUUCAUUGGGCGGCGCGUUAUGGUUAUGUCUACAUUGUUCAUUACCUUCUUGCACAUGGAGCAGACGCAACUUUAGAAGAUGAUCAAGGUUUCAAUUUAUUGCAUCUUUCGGUGAAUAGCUCUAAUAUUAUGCUGGUUCAAUACGUUUUGUUCUUUGUGGUGAGUAAGGGUAUCAUCGAUGUAGACUGUCAGGAUCCCAAUGGGAGGACUCCUCUACUUUGGGCUGCCUACCAAGGUGAUUCGCUGACCGUCGAUUCCUUGUUGCGCUUUGGUGCCCAUCCAAAGGUCCCCGACAGUGGCGGAUUCACCCCUUUACAUUGGGGUACACUCAAAGGACAACCACAUGUUCUCAUGUAUCUGAUACAAAGUGGAGGUGAUUUUUUCCUCAAGACUAAUGAUGGGAAAGAUUGCUUCACCAUCGCAAAAGAGAUGAAUACUGUUCAUUCGCUUACAGAAGCAUUGAACCACUGCGGAUUUAAUCCAGAGGGAUACCCAUAUAAGAAGUACUUUGGCAAGAGUUAUCAUGCCAAAUUAACGACAUUUUUCAUUCCAUGGAUCUUCCUUGGAAUCGCAUUCGGAUUAUUCGCUCACAUCCAUCCACUUAUCGCGCUACCUAUAACACUAGUCUUUGGUAUCGCUAGCAUAAAGGCGCUCAAUAAUUUUGUGCUCACGUCCUAUGGUCGUACGGGAGUCACGCCAUUGUCUUUGUUGAGAACGCCAUUGUAUGCUGGUGUGUUCUCGGGUAGUGUCUUCUGGCUCGUCUGCGUCUGGGUGCGCAAAGUUCUUCCCAUGACAUUAGUCGAAGAGUUUUGGUCGAAUCUAGCUUUGACGAUAUUGAUCUUUUCCGUUGGUUAUCAUUUUGUUAAAUUAUUGAAAGAAGAUUCAGGUUGUGUACCACCUGAGAGAGACUAUGAGAAGAUCAGAGAUACUGUGAGUGAACUUCUAAAAGUUGGUAAAUACGAUACGAGACAUUUCUGCAUUGAGAGCUGGAUAAGAAAGCCUCUACGAAGCAGGUUCUCCUCUUUGAAUGGUACAUUAAUAGCCCGUUUCGAUCAUUACUGCCCAUGGAUUUACAACGACGUCGGUUUGAAAAAUCAUAAGCGGUUCUUGUACUUUGUUGCACUAAUUGAAGUUGCUGUUUGGAUCUUUGCACAUCUCUGUCUGGAGUAUUUCGAUGAGCUUGAAGAUAACUAUGACGACUACAACGGAGAUUUGAAAUGCUUCUUGAUAGGAGAUAGCGAGCUUUGUGCGGGAUUGACCUACGACCUUUUUACCACUUUGAUUCUUCUAUGGGCGGUCUUCCAAUCCAUAUGGGUGGGUUGUCUGGUGUUUGUUCAAGCUUUCCAGAUUUUCAAAGGUGUAACAAAUUAUGAGUAUAGCAAGUUGAUGAGGGACAACAAGCGCAUUAACAUAGAUCCUGCAGUGGCAAAUGAAUUCUUUAGUACAGCGCCAGAAGACUUGGAUGCCGAUUUGACUACCGAAUCUAGGGUUACAGAUAUUGAUACAACCGCUCCAGAUAGUCGCCGUCGCCCCUUACCACGUCUAAAUGAGUCUAGAAGAUGUUUUGGUACCUUUUGUGCCAUAACUGGGAUGGAUCAAUGGAUCAUGAUAUUGAAAGAAGCUGUUGGAAUGUCGCGUGAAGCAUUGGGCUCAUCACAAACUUCCCAGUCGUCCUUUCCAACAGAUUAUGGCUGGAAGACAAAUAUCAAGGAUUUUUGGCUCUUGAGUGACAAGACAGCACCUAUGUGGCAGAGAGUUUUCUAUUCCCCUGUUACUUCAAGAGCUCUUCUAGGAGGACAAGAGGUGAAUUAUUACGAAUUGUACAACUAUCCAGAGAAGAUUUAA